AUGCAAGAAAAAGAUCGGGAGGUCCAGAUUCUCAAGGAGCUGGACGGGCACCCGAACAUCGUGACUCUGCAUGGCGCUUUUCUGAGCGAUGAGGGCACCUCCUCCAAUGGACAGAGCGGCACUAGGCUAAACUUGGUGCUGGAAUACCUAUCUGAUACCUUGCACCGAGUGAUCAAGCACUACAACCAGACAAACAGCAAGAUGGAGGCCUUCUACGUCAAGCUGUAUCAGUUUCAGCUCAUGCGAGGCCUGGCUUUCAUCCAUGGCCGUGGCAUUGCCCACUGCGACUUGAAGCCGCAGAAUCUGCUGCUGGAUGGCAAGUCGCAUACCCUCAAGAUCUGCGAUUUCGGCACCGCCAAGCGCAUGAUCUUCGGAGAACCGCAGCGAUCGUACAUGGUGUCACGGUACUACCGUGCGCCCGAGUUAAUCUUGGGAGUCACCAGCUUCACCACAAGCGUCGACCUGUGGUCUGCAGGCUGCGUGUUUGCAGAGCUGAUCCUGGGCCAACCGCUGUUCACUGGUAAAGAUGGCAUCGAUCAGCUCGUGCAGAUCAUCAAGGUUCUAGGCACUCCAUCCACACAGCAGCUGCGCGCAAUGAACCCCAACUAUCCCGAGUAUGAGUUCACGCCUUCGAUAACUCCACACCCCUGGGAGAAGGUGCUGCGCGGCUGGGCUCCAGUGCAUGCCUGUGACCUGGUGGCCCUGAUGCUCACGUAUGAUCCGGUCAUGUCCUCAGCCGGAGAUUCCGUUGAUUUUCGUGUGCUUCGUGGAAAUUGA